AUGUCCUCAUCCGUUCCAAGAGGACAUUUUGAGGAUCAAAGGGGAGCACAUCGUCCUGGUUUCCAUGGCUCCAGGGGUCCCCGUCCCUCAAGGUUUAACCGGCCCAGAGGCUCAUUUCCAGGGCAUUUCCCAGACAAAGGGGAGCCACCACAGUCCUGGUUUGAUGGUCCACAUCAGCCAGUAGUAAGACCUCAAGGGCUGCUAGGAACAACAAGAGACACCAACAACCAGCAUCAUGACAAUGAAGGUGGGCCUGUUCAACCAGAAAUAAAGGAGCAACACAUUGUACAGAGUCCAUCAGACAUGAUGAGAGAUAAACAUUUUUCCUCACAAGGUCCCCCCCACAUGACCUCUACAAACAACCAGGGUGAUAGGUCCAGCAGUUUAGAGAGGAGAGAUCCCAAUAGGAGGGAGGGAAGAAGAGACCAAGGCCCAGACAUCAGAGGUCCAGAUAUGAUGGGACCAGGGCCAGACAUGUGGGAUGAUAGGAGAGGGUCAGACAUGUGGGAUGAUAGGAGAGGGUCAGACAUGUGGGAUGAUAGGAGAGGGUCAGACAUGUGGGAUGAUAGAAGAGGUCCAGGGCCAGACAUGCAGGGCGAUGGGAGAGGGUCAGACAUCUUGGAUGAUAGAAGAGGUCCAGAGCCAGACAUGAGAGGCCCAGAGACUGACAUGUGGUGUGAUAUGAGAGGUCCAGGGCCAGACAUGAGAGGGCCAGAUAUGAGAAAAGAAUGGAGACACCCAGAUAUGAGGGAUCCAGGACACAACAUUAGGAAUCCAAACAUGUGUAGUUCAGGCCCAGACAUGAGAGAUCCAGAAAUGCCAGGCCCAGAUCCAGACCUGAGAAGUCCAGACAUGAAAGGGGACCACUUCACACCAACAGCUAACUUUGAAGGACAUAGGCCACCAUUGCCUUAUUUCAACAGUCCAAGGAUGUCCUCAUCUGUUCAAAGAGGACAUUUUGAGAAUCAAAGGGGAGCACAUCGUCCUGGUUUCCAUGGCCCCAGGGGUCCUCGUCCCUCGAGGUUCAACCAGCCCAGAGGGUUACCUCCAGGGCAUUUUGCAGACAACGGGGGGCAGCCACAGUUCCGUUUUGAGUGUCCACAGCCAGCGGUAACACCUGCUCCUGCCUCGCUGGUAACAUCAAGGGAGCACAGUAUACAGAGCCCUUCGGACAUUCUGAAAGAAAGCCAGGUACCCUCACAAGGUCCUCCCCACAGGGCCUCUCCAAACAACCAGGGUGAGCAGUCCAGCAGUUUAGAGAGGAGAGAUCCUGAUAUUAGGGAGGGAAGGAGAAAGCCAGGGCCAGACAUCAGAGGUCCAGAUAUGAUGGGACCAGGGCCAGACAGGAGAGGUGAUAGGAGAGGGUCAGACAGGAGAGGUGAUAGGAGAGGGCCAGACAGGAGAGGUCCCGGUCCAGACAUGAGAGAUCCAGAACCAGACACAAGGGGUGAUAGGAGAGGGUCAGGCCCAGACACAAGUGGUCCAGGACCAGACAUGAGUGUUCCAGGGCCAGACAUGAGAGGUGAUAGGAGAGGGACAGACAUGAGAGGUCCAGGGCCGAACACAAGGGGUGAUAGGAGAGGUCCAGGGCCAGACAUGUGGGAUGAGAGGAGAGGGCCAAACAUGAGUGGUCCAGGGCCAAACAUGAGGGGUCCAGGGCCAGACAUGCGAGGUCCAAGGCCAGACAUGAGGGGUGAUGGGAGAGGGCCAGUGAUGUUUGAUGAGAGAAGAGGUCCAGGGCCAGACAUGAGAAGUGAUAGGAGAGGUCCAGAUAUGAUGGGUCCAGAUCCAGACAUUAGUGGUCCAGGGUCAGACAUGAGAGGUCCAGAUAUGAGAAAUGAACGGAGACACCCAGAUAUGAGGGAUCCAGGACCCGACAUGAGAGAUCCAGAAAUGCUAGGCCCAGAUCCAGACCUGAGAAGUCUAGACAUGAGAGGGGACCACUUCACACCAACAGCUAACUUUGAAGGACAAAGGCCACCAUCGCCUUAUUUCAACAGUCCAAGGAUGUCCUCAUCUGUUCAAAGAGGACAUUUUGAAGAUCAAAGGGGAGCACAUCGUCCUGGUUUCCAUGGCCCCAGGGGUCCUCGUCCCUCAAGGUUCUACCAGCCCAGAGGGUUACCUCCAGGGCAUUUCACAGACAACGGGGGGCAGCCACAGUUCCGUUUUGAGUGUCCACAGCCAGCGGUAACACCUGCUCCUGCCUCGCUGGUAACAUCAAGGGAGCACAGUAUACAGAGCCCUUCGGACAUUCUGAAAGAAAGUCAGGUACCCUCACAAGGUCCUCCCCACAGGGCCUCUCCAAACAACCAGGGUGAGCAGUCCAGCAGUUUAGAGAGGAGAGAUCCUGAUAUUAGGGAGGGAAGGAGAAAGCCAGGGCCAGACAUCAGAGGUCCAGAUAUGAUGGGACCAGGGCCAGACACUAGGGGUAAUAGGAGAGGGCCAGACAUGAGAGGUGAUAGGAGCGGGCUGGACAGGAGGGGUCCCAGUCCAGACAUGAAAGAUCCAAAACCAGACACAAGGGGUGAUAGGAGAGGGCCAGGACCAGACAUUAAUGUUCCAGGGCCAGACAUAAGGGGUGACCGGAGAGGGCCAGACAUGAGAAGUCCAGGGCCAGACACAAGAGGUCCAAGGCCUCAUGUGGGAUGAGAGGAGAGGGCCAGACAUGAGGGGUCCAGGGCCAGACAGGAGAGGUCCAGGGCCAGACAGAAGAGGUCCAGGGCCAGACAGGAGGGUCCAUGGCCAGACAUAAGGGGUGAUAGGAGAGGGCCGAACAGGAGAGGUCCCAGUCCAGACAUGAAAGACCCAGAACCAGACACAAGGGGUGAUAGGAGAGGGCCAGGCCCAGACAUGAGAGGUCCAGGACCAGACAUGAAUGUUCCAGGGCCAGACAUGAGAAGUCCAGGGGCAGACACAAGGGGUGAUAGAAGAGGCCACUGA